AUGACAAAACGUCCUAAAUCUGUAAAUGAAGAAUUCGUGAGCGGUGUACCCCCGAAAAAGGCUAAAUUUGCUCAGCUAACUUCAAAUCCAACAGAUUUGAAUUUUUUCCUUAGGCAAAUCGAAGAAUCAAAUGAAGAUAUCAUUAAGGAAUACUUAUCCGAAUCUACUGGAGAAGAGCUCAUCUCUCUUCUUGAAACCGGAUUUGACAGGAAGUCCAAUGAACUUGCUGUUAUAUUUAAAGUCCUAGCGACAAUUAUUAUCCGGACUCGAAAGGACCUCAAGGAGGUCUAUGGCGAAGUUGGCAGACGUUUAGCUGAAGGGGUCUUAGAGGAUACACCCUUGUCGUUCUGUUUUCGUGCUCUCAAACCUCAAGGUAGUGCAGAGGCUGCCAAAGCUUCUCUUCAACUUCUUUCAGCAGUCGUUUCAGCUGACCCUCUCCUCCUUGGUCGCAGUCUUCUACGUAGUGUCAAUUUUGAACACCCAGAUUGGAUUCAAGUCGCUCGUAGGCGCAAUACUAAGGAUGUAAAUGAUGUUCGGACGUGCUUUAUCAACUUCGUUGCUUCUUUUCUGUUUUCUGAUAACAAUCUCCUUAUUAGAGAAGUUCUUGAAGCCAAAAAUGCCAUCAGUUUGCUCUUAAAUGGCUGCUUUACUGAUAAGACGGAGAACGUCCUACUAAUUCUGAACCUUCUGCGUAAAAGCGUAUGUGAGAAUGUCACGGUUAGUAAAACAAUCAAAAUGCGAAUCUUCACUCGUAAUGUACUCAAACAACUUGGCUACCUCUAUGCAUAUCGCGGUGAAGCACUCUCUGAAAAAGCUGCUCUGGCUCGCACUGAUGCGGAAGUGGAUAUUCAGACUGUGGAGCUUGUUCGAGAAUCUGUUCAUAGUCUUCUGACACCCCUUGUCUCUUCGUCUGUACAAGGAUUGGUCUUUAGGGAACGAGGAUCUCUUGAUAUCGGAGGGAAGCAGAAUGAGCAUUUGUUGAACUUUCUUCUCUCACCACCAAUGGAGAACCCGUUCACGGAUAAUAUGCGUCGCCAACUUGUGUUAGAUUGUCUUCUAGCUUGCCCAUCCCUGUUUAUUCCCUACAUGGCACAUCUCUCAACUUCUAUGACUCCGAGGGAUACUGAGAAUUGGCAUCAUGUAAUGAUGUUCGUUAAUCAGCUAUUUGAAGCAUUUCAACCUCACCUCAUUGCCCGUUUUUCGCAACUAAUGGAGCUUUCUCAAGACAUGUAUCAGUUCGUCCAAAGCGUUGUGGACCUUUGUCUUCCGCCAAAAUGCAUUGUUGAAGUGCUAGACAAGGCUUCACAGCACGAAUCUGCCUCUGUUAGCAAAACUGCUAACCCAAUCUAUAAAACCCUCAAGCAGAAUAUGCGCAUCUUCCUAACCUGGCUUCUUACUACAGAAGAGCUCAAAGCUAAAGGGAGUUCGGCUCAGCCCAUAAUCGAUUCUAUCUCUGAGAUUCUUCCAGAACGGAUCGCCAAUGAUAAAUGGUGCAAGAAAUUUCGCAAAAUCCUUCUAAAAGAGCAAACUGAUUUAUCCAUCCUGAAAUCCCAAAUCCUUCCAACCACCUAUGACCAAACCGAAGAUGAAGUGGUUGAAGAAGUGGAGGAGCAACCUGAAGUUUCAAGACUUCCCCAGGUGGAGGAAGUGAUACUUGCUCAAUCGAAAAAACUCCGUUCCUGCUUUGAGGAAAUUCAAAGUAUUGUAAAUGACUCCAAUGUGAAAAUGUCCGAGGAGUGUGAGAAAAAACUGGUCAAAAGGUGGUCCGAUUUUACUGCAGCAUGUCUUAAUGUUUCUCGAAAUUCUAUCACCCUUUUCAACCACCUUGCAACUGCUCUUCGAGUUUUUGCAAAGAAAUACUGGCAAGAAGGCUGUGAUGAACUUACCCCAACGCCUAAAGAUGUGCUAAUUAAAAUAGGGUCUACUGCUGUCUUUAAGAGUAUACUUUUCGAGAAGCCUAUUUUUGAACAGGUCGAGGGCAAUGAACAGAUUUCUAUUCCUUCGCUUCCACUGAAAGUUGCAUUUUUGAAUUUGCUUCUGGCAUUGGCCGAAGUGGAUCCCAAGUCUACUGCAGGGAAUGUGCCUACAGCAGCGCUUUUAGCCUCUUAUAAAGCCAGUCUUUCUCUUUGUGGUAAGGUUGCCGCUUUUUUUCUUAAUCCCCAUUUUUCCCUAGAUCGUCUUUGUUUACAGCUGCUUAAUCUUUUGGAUCAAAGUGGACAUUCUCCAGCUAUUACUUGGGGUAUGACCAAUCGCAGCGUGUUAUGGGGAUCACGAAUGAUGGACAAUUAUCUUUUCGGCUCUACUCUUGCGGAGGCACCUCAAUUGAGACGUGAACCCACUCCUGGUGCUUUUUUGAGUAUUCUCGAUGCGGAUAAGCUCCUUAGCUGUGCGCUUAAAUUCCCUGUCACACGACGAUGUUUGGUAUGUUCGCCAAUUGAAAAUCGUGAAGAGUAG